ACACACACUUUUCCAUUCCUAAGUCAUCAAGCUCUCAUUCUCCUGCACAACUUCCAGGGCCGUGAGCUCUUUCCGUAUCAGAUAGAACAGAAUGAACAGACACUAUGUAAUUUUCUCUCUCUCUCUCUCCCUCUAUCUCUCUACCUCUCUUGCUCUAUCUCUCUUUCUCUCUCUCUCUCUCUCUCUCUCUCUUCCUUUCCUCUCUUCCCUUCUCUUCCUGGCUAUGUAUCUCUCUCUCGCUCCCAUUCUUUCACACUCUCUCUCUCUCACUCUUUCCCUUUCUCCAUCUCUCCCUCUCUUUCUGUCUGUCUCUCUCUGUUUCCCUUCCUCUCCCGCUCACUCUCUUCCCUUCUCUCCCUGUCUCUCUCUCUCUCUCUCUCUUCCCUCUCUUUUUAAGGUCACCUAGCUGGACCUCAGUUAGCUACAGCUAAUCUGCAGUGUUUCUCUCGCUCUCCUCAGGAGUUCAUUACGCAACUCAGAAUCAGCGCCGUUUAGAAAUCCCCCCACUGCGCUGAGGUAGAUCUGAGACUAAACUCGCCCCUCGCUGCUCUCGUUUAUCUUUUCUGCUCUCUCUCUCUCUCUCUCUCUCUCUCCCCUUUGUUUAUCUGGUUCUUUGCGUGAGUCUGUUUUGUUCUCAGUACCUGCAGGGAGCCGCUGGUCCGGUUCAGUCGGCCAGAAGCCCUCAGGGCUCUGGAUCAGUUUCUGGAGCGUGGAGACGGCGGGUCGCCCGGGUUUGGGUUCGUUUCGGCCGCUGUUUCCUCGCGUCUUUGGGGUCAGCAUGUCCUCAAGUGACCUGCUGGUGUUGGGAGGCCGGUGCCCUGUGAUAAAAGACUUGUGCAGUUCUUGCAAAUCAAGCGUAGCUUUAGUAUUUCACAUGCAGUACUGUGAGAAAGUUUUAGGCACCAAAGCAAAUGACACUAAUCCAUUUAUCUCAUAUGAUCUGAACAGAUGCAAAUAAACAUUGAUACAGUAAAGUGAAUUUUAACCAUAUUCUCAUUCUAAUUUUUAACUAUAAGUAUGUUUUAUAUCCUGUGAGCUGAGCUGAAAAACAGUGUAAAGUGUAGAGAUUCCAGAUUUCUCCUGGAUGCUCCUCAGACAGCAUGUGUAUAUAUAUGUUCAGUUCCGUCAGCAGCUCACCUGAUUUACCAAUUUACCAAUUUAUCAAUUUACCAAACCAGGUGAUGAUUAAUAUGAUGAGAACUAGAAAUAAAUAACUUUAUUAAACUCUAUUAGAUGAGGAGGAGAGAUUAGGAGAUGUUUUGUUGUUUUAAGGAAAACGUUUGGCUUUUUGUAAAAUUGCUGUUUGUAUUUAUUGAAGUGCUGUAAUGUGUUUUACUGAGAUAAUAAACACUUACUGCACAGAUAAGAAGCAUUUUCUUUACUGAAAGUCCCACAGGUCAUUAAAACAUUUGCAAAAUACUUUAUAUUCUGUAUAUAUACCUCCUCUUUGUUAAUUCUAUACCAUGCAAAAUUCUAUACUGCAUUUCUUCCAACCCUAUAGAUGCAAACUGGAUGUAAAUCCAGGCUGAAAUGUGCUUCCUGCAGUGUUUAAUGCAGAAGGUUUCUCUCCAGGGCUGCUGUUUUUGCUGGUGUUUCGAGUUUCUCAUUACCAAGCUUUUCUGGAAGGUGCUCUCUCUGAGGAGGAGACUCUGCACCGCAGGGUGUGAGUUCCUGCUCCUCCUUACUCAGCACCUCCGAUCGCUUACAUAACGCCGGCCUCUGUUUACAGCCGGCGGCGGCUCCUGGGUUUGACAACAAACGCCGGCUGUGGUUUUCUCAAACAUGCCUGAGAGUCAUGCAGCAUGAAGACGUCGCUCAGACGUGUUGCAGCAGAGGCUCAGUGAGCUGAUCUGUAUGAAUGAGCUUGUAAGACAAGAGAAUACAUCUUUUAGUGUAUCGUAAUAAGAGUUUUUCAUGUUAAACACGCCAAAAGAGCUGCAAUAGCAUCACGAAUAACAGAAAACUCAAAUUAGAUUACCUGCAUGGUGCUGACUGUGCUCACCUCACAUAACGAGGCUUUAACAAGGUUGAUUAAUAAAAACAUGAAAACCCUUUUUGAGGAAGAUCUCUGAUCUUUAUUAUGGUUCCCUGGUGUACGUUAUAAUUAGGCCGGCAUCACCACAGAUUUUUCAGGAGGUUUAGAUGAUAACCCUCCAGAUUCCAAUCCAUCCUUAUACCUAGCCUCAGCCCAACUCAUCCCCAUUCCCAUCCCCAACUCAUCCCCAACCUCAACUCAUCCCCAACCCAUUUCCAACCUCAAUACAUUACCAUUACCAUCCCUAAUACCAUCCCAAACCCCAUCCCCAAACCAUUCCCCAUCCCAAAUCCCAUUACCAUCCCCAUUCCCAUUACCAUCCUUAUUCCCAACCCCAUUACCAUCCCCAUUACCAUGCCCAAAUCAUUCCCCAAAUCCCAACCCCAUUCCCAACCCCAUCCCCAACCCCAUCCCCAUACCCAACCCCAUACCCAACCCCAUACCCAACCCCAUACCCAACCCCAUACCCAACCCCAUACCCAACCCCAUACCCAACCCCAUACCCAACCCCAUACCCAACCCCAUAACCAGUACAGUGAUAGUGAGUACAGUGAUAGUGAGUACAGUGAUAGUGAGUACAGUGAUAGAGAGUACAGGGAUAGUGAGUACAGGGAUAGAGAGUACAGGGAUAGUGAGUACAGGGAUAGAGAGUAUAGUGAUAGUGUGAAUAGUGAUAGUGAGUACAGUAAUAGUGAGUACAGUAAUAGUGAGUACAGUGAUAGUGAGUAUAGGGAUAGUGAGUAUAGGGAUAGUGAGUAUAGGGAUAGAGAGUACAGGGAUAGAGAGUAUAGUGAUAGUGAGUACAGUGAUAGAGAGUACAGUGAUAGAGAGUACAGUGAUAGAGAGUACAGUGAUAGUGAGUAUAGGGAUAGAGAGUAUAGGGAUAGAGAGUAUAGGGAUAGUGAGUAUAGGGAUAGAGAGUACAGUGAUAGAGAGUACAGUGAUAGAGAGUAUAGUGAUAGUGAGUAUAGGGAUAGAGAGUAUAGGGAUAGAGAGUAUAGGGAUAGUGAGUAUAGGGAUAGUGAGUAUAGGGAUAGUGAGUAUAGGGAUAGUGAGUAUAGGGAUAGUGAGUAUAGGGAUAGUGAGUAUAGGGAUAGUGAGUAUAGGGAUAGUGAGUAUAGGGAUAGUGAGUAUAGGGAUAGUGAGUAUAGGGAUAGUGAGUAUAGGGAUAGUGAGUAUAGGGAUAGUGAGUAUAGAGAUAGAUGGUAUAGAGAUAGAUGGUAUAGAGAUAGUGAGUAUAGUGAUAGUGAGUAUAGUGAUAGUGAGUAUAGUGAUAGUGAGUAUAGAGAUAGAUGGUAUAGUGAUAGUGAGUAUAGAGAUAGAGAGUAUAGUGAUAGUGAGUAUAGUGAGUAUAGAGAUAGAGAGUAUAGUGAUAGUGAGUAUAGUGAGUAUAGAGAUAGAGAGUAUAGUGAUAGUGAGUAUAGGGAUAGAGAGUAUAGUGAGUAUAGAGAUAGAGAGUAUAGUGAUAGUGAGUAUAGUGAGUAUAGAGAUAGAGAGUAUAGUGAUAGUGAGUAUAGUGAGUAUAGAGAUAGAGAGUAUAGUGAUAGUGAGUAUAGGGAUAGAGAGUAUAGUGAGUAUAGAGAUAGAGAGUAUAGUGAUAGUGAGUAUAGGGAUAGAGAGUAUAGUGAUAGUGAGUAUAGUGAUAGUGAGUAUAGAGAUAGAUGGUAUAGUGAUAGUGAGUAUAGUGAUAGUGAGUAUAGUGAUAGUGAAUGAGCGUGGCACCACAGCCUCCACCGAACAGCUGACUGGCCGGAAGCCAGAGGUCCGUCUGAACACUGGCCAAAACACAGGGCUCUUCAUGACCACUGGCUGUCUUGGGUGACGGGUCACAGCUGUUCAUCCCACCACACACACACACACACACACACACCAUUAUACCCACACACACACACACACACACAGACAGAUCUAGUAAACAGCAGAAGCUGUCUUCAGCAGUGUCCAUUGUGUGUCUCAGAAACAAAUGUCCGGACCAAUCAGAGCUCUUUAUCUGGUAAAUGUGUAACAAAUGGAACAUGAAGCAUGCUGUCUCUCUCCUCCUCUGUUCUGCUGCUGUUUUCUCCUCCAUGCUUUACUUGUUUGUCAUAGUUCAUCAGAGCGUGAUAUUUUCUGCUCACAUAGUAAAAUAAAUAAAUCAGUGUGUCUGUAAAGAUUCAGCAAUGCAACACAACAGCGUAGAAACAGAAACAAAGAACUGAGUGAUGUAUGGGUUUAGGGGCGGGGCAAGAGGAUGAGCUGAUCGGGCUGAGCAGUGUAUCAGCCUCUGAUAGCGUGGGGAUGCAGAUGAGACAGUCCAAUU